UUUUUUCACAUUAUUUCAGAUUAUGAUUUUGAGAAUGGAGGGAGAAGUCAUAAUAUUUUCUGGGGUUGAAGGGACUUUGACUCAAGAAAUAUCAAAAUUGUUGCUUACAAAAUCUGGUUGGAUAGAAGCUCUCAGGAAGGAAAAGAUUGAUGUGUUUGUGGACCAAGUUAAUAUUCCCUCUAUAAAACCAAUCGAGAAAUUAAGCGAAACAACAAAUUUAAAACUUAGAGGAAGCUUGGAAUCCAUGCUGGAGGCUCAAAAUAUUUUGUUGAAUCUUUCAUCUUCAUACUCUCAGGGGAAUUGUUUACACAGAAAUAUCUCUCUUCCGAGUACUGAUAAUAUUUCCAUGCCUCUACCUGGAGAUCAGAGUAGUUCUAUACACAUAACUAGAGAUCAGAGCAGUUUUUUACAUAUACCUGGAGAUCAGAGCAGUUCUAUACAAAUACCUGGAAAUCAGACUAGUUCUAUACAUAUACCUGGAGAUCAGAGUAGUUCUAUACAUAUACCUGUAGAUCAGAGUAGUUCUAUACAUAUACAUGUAGAUCAGAGCAGUUCUAUACAUAUACCUGUAGAUCAGAGCAGUUCUAUACAUAUACCUGGCGAUCAGAGUAGUUCUAUACAUUUACCUGGAGAUCAGAACAGUUCUGUACAUAUUACUGAAGAUCAGAGCAGUUCUUUACAUAAACCUGGAGAUCAAAGCAGUUCUAUACAUAUACCUGGAGAUCAGAGCAGUUCUUUACAUAUACCUGGAGAUCAAAGUAGUUCUAUAAAUAUGCCUGGAGAUCAGAGUAGUUCUAUACAUAUGCCUGGAGAUCAGAGCAGUUCUUUGCAUAUACCUGGAGAUCAAAGCAGUUCUAUACGUAUAUCUGGAGAUCAGAGUAGCUCUGCACAUAUACCUGAAUAUCAGAGCAGUUCUGUAAAUGUAGAUGAAGAUCAGAGCAGCUGUAUUAAAUUAACUAAAGAUGAGGAGAGCUUAGUGCUUGCAUCCAAAGAUCAAGGAAUUAGGAGAUCCAACAGAUCGACUCUGAAUGAGACAAUUGGUUCUGCAAAUCUCAUUCUGGAGCUAAAACUAACCCAGCUGGAGGAAAAAGUUCUGCUGACCCAAGAAUUAUCUGAUAAUCUGGGUUUCCUAGGCUCGACCAGUAAUAAACUAGAGAACUUCCAGCCCAGUUCAGAGUAUGAGGAUGAUGUAAGAAGGCGGAGUGUUCAGACUUUGGCGGAGGUUCAUAUUCUCCGGCCGGAGGAGGUACAGGAGUAUGGGUUAGAUAAACUCAGGGGACUAAAUACCCGAUCGAAGAGGUAUGAGAGAAUGUCAGAAAACAAGUUUUCCUGCUCGCUCUGCUCGUUCCAGACUCAACGGAAGAGUCAUCUUAACAAACAUUUACUCGUGCAUCAAGUAUGUCCUAUUAUAUUCUUGUGCGCUGAGGCUGGAUGUGGGUUUAAGUGUAUCAGGAACGGUGACCUCACGAAACACCGAGUAGCUGAACACACAAACACGGUUAACCUUCUCCGCUGUGAGUCCUGUUCCUACAAAACAUCAGACCGGAAAACAUUUCUUCGACAUAAGAAAUAUUAUCAUCUUCGGAAGAAGAUUGAGGUUGAGUGUGCCCUGUAUAAAUGUUCUCUAUGUCAAUAUAAAACCCUGAAACCUAAAUUCUUUGCUCGGCACACCAGGGUUCAUCUUCAAACAACACCAGAUCAAUCCUUACGAGCAUUAGAGAAAGUCUACAAAUGUGAUCAGUGUGAAUAUACUAGCAAAAAACAGGAGCAUUUAAAAAGACACAAAACAAGCGUUCAUCUGAUUGAGAGAAACUUUGUCUGUGAUACUUGUGGUCGAAGGUUUAAAAGAAAAGAUAUUUUGGAUCAACAUUCGUUAAAGCAUUCUUCUUCUUCAACUACUUUUCCCUGUGAACUCUGCAAUAAUUCGUACAGAACUUUUGGUUUAUUAAAGGAACAUAAAGCAUCACAUGAAAAUAAAAGAAAUAUGAAAUGUACUCUUUGUCCCAAAGCAUUUAAUACUAAAAUGGUUCUUGACAAACACACUAAGAACGUUCAUGAAACUCCAGGAUAUCCGUGCAAUGACUGUGAUAAAGUCUUCAAUACUCUUUUCAAUUUGAAACGUCAUAAAGAGAAACACUGCGCUUUAACUCCAGUUACUGCGUAACUUUUAUUCCCCACAAAUUUACUGUAAUUAUAGAACUCUUCUUAGUAUUGUACUUCUAACCCCCCCCCCCCUUUGUUUUCUGUUCUGGCUCCACACAUAUUAAUUUUCAUUAUUUUAUUAAAACUUUUCAUUGGAUGAAAAGUUUGAAAAACUUGA